GUUGUCUUCCCCCAGGGAUUCUCUCCCUAAGGUGCUGUUUAUUUAUCCUUUGACAUGUUAAACAUUCUCCAACAAUUCCUUUUGCUAGAUCGUGCACCCCCAUAACCAUAUAUUUGUUAGCGAAUUGAUCUACCAGAGCCUGCACUCCCCAAUGGGUUUGUCUAUGAAACUCUCUCAGGACUUGCCAAGCCACUCCUUUCGGAAGCAUUUCUCUCUCAUCCGGUAGCCACCACUUCCGCUCUCGUUCGACUAUUCCCAUUUGCCCCAAUUUCUCCUUUUCCUGAUUUGUAAAUCUCAUAGCAUACUUAGUUUGUACAGGAUCCUGUUCGACUGCUUUUAUUGCCAGUAGUGCAGCUUUCUUAGCUUCUUCGUCGGCUAAAUUAUUUCCUCUUACUUGCGUGGAAGUUCCCUUCCGAUGGCCCUUUACGUAAACUACUGCAAUUUGUUUGGCCCCUCUUAAUGCCUCCAGGGUUUGCUUUAUUAAGGUCUCAUGUUGUCGAGGGUUAAGAUUGCGGGGUGACAAUAAAACCCUGGCAGAUGUAUUGUUAACCCCCUCUCCCCCCCACUUCCCCCUUGUGCCCCUCCCUCUCCCCUUUUCCCACUCAGGACAGGCGAUCGGGAGGGCAAGAAGGACAGAGAGAAGAGAGUUGGAAAAAUUAAAGAUGUUUUACUAAUGCUACUAAUAAGAAUAGAGAAAAUAAUACAAAAUAUACAAAACCAAUCUUGAAAGUCUCAGCAACUGCAGAGCCGGCAACCAAAGUCCUGGACUGGACUCUGCAGCCAACCGGAGCUGGAUUCAGUCUGUCACUAGGGCUCAGUUCACAAGCCAGCACCCAAAGUCCUGGACUGGACUCUGCAGCCAACCGGAGCUGGAUUCAGUCUGUCACUGGCCUCAGUUCGCAAGGACGACUAGCAAGGUCCUCUCCUAAUGUUGGCCAUAAGCAGAAGGAAAAGCAAAGGCAAAAGGGAAAAGGGACGAGAUCCUCGUGAUCUCCCACUUUUAUAUGAAGUAUUCACGUGAAUGGAAUGUUAUACACAGUUGGUCAGUUUCUUGGUCACUUGUUUCUCGUCGCCCCUCUCGCGAGAUGUCCAUCCGUGCUUAUCAAUAAGUUUGCAUUCCAUUGCUAGUUUUACCAAAACAUGUGUCUGGUUCUCCAGGAAAAUGCAGUUAAUAUGAAGCUUCAGCUGACAGGCAAAAUCACUAAAAGAGAAACUGGUUUUUAACAAAACCAGGACAGAAGGGCUUCGGCCUUUCAUCAACCUUAUCAAUACAAUCUAUCAAUACAAUCUAAUUACUCACUACUACUAUAUAUAUAUACAUAUGUACAUAUAUACACAGGAGUAAUUAAUCAGUGGACCAUCCUUUGAAAAGUUCAUUAAGUUCAUUUGUCACGACAGUCUCCAGGGCAGGAAAAUGGUACAAGUGCAUCUCAUGACCACUGUUUGUGGGUUAAAGACAUCAACUUCGAAGAAGUUGUCAGGCGCCACUCGAAGAAGCUAGCUCUGGUUUCAUCAUCACUGUUUUGGUCUGAAAAACACUUAUUAAACACUGUUAGUACGGCAAUUCACAUCAUGCAGUUCAGUAUUGAAUAUUUUCACCUAAACUCAAAUCCCCUUGAGGUACACACCGAACUUCUCCAUCCUUAAGCAUCACCCACCAGGUGCUGCCAGGUCCCUGGGCGAAAACAAUCCCACGAAUGGGCUUGACUUUGCUGAGCCAGGAUUAACCCAGACUGCCUUUCCUAACAUGAUAUCAUGUGUACUACAGGGACUUUAUCUCCUUCUACAGUCCGUAGAAUUUCUGAUUGGGCAGGCCCGGCUCGAUUGGUUGAUCCCCUGGUGUUGACCAACCAAGUGGCUUUUGCUAAAUGUGAAUCCCAGUUUUUAAAGGUUCCACCACCCAACGUCUUUAGUGCAGUUUUAACAAACCAUUGUACCUUUCCAUUUUCCCAGAGGCUGGUGCAUGAUAUGGAAUAUGAUAUACCCACUCAAUACCAUGUUCUUUAGCCCAAUUGUCUAUAAGACUGUUAUUGAAAUUAAUACCGUUGUCUGAUUCAAUUCUUUCUGGCGUACCGUGUCGCCAAAGGACUUGCUUUUCAAGGCCCAAGAUGGUAUUUCGGGCUGUAGCAUGAGGUACGGCAUAUGUUUCCAACCAUCCAGUGGUUGCUUCCACCAUUGUAAGUACAUAACGCUUACCUUGACGUGUUUGUGGAAGUGUAAUAUAAUCAAUCUGCCAAGCUUCUCCAUACUUAUACUUUAACCAUCGCCCCCCAUACCGUACAGGCUUUAACCGUUUCGCUUGUUUGAUUUCGGCGCAAGUCUCACAUUCAUGAAUAACCUGUGAAAUAGUGUCCAUAGUUAAAUCCACCCCUCGAUCGCGAGCCCAUUUAUAUGUUGCAUCUCUACCUUGAUGCCCUGAAGCAUCAUGGGCCCAUUGGGCUAGGAAAAGUUCACCUAUAUGUUGCCAGUCCAAGUCCACCUCAGCUACUUUAAUCUUAGCAGCUUGAUCUGCUUGUUGGUGGUUUAGAUGUUCCUCGGUGGCUCGACCUUUAGGCACAUGAGCAUCUACAUGCCGAACUUUCACAGGCAGGCUCUCUAGCCGAGCAGCAAUGUCUUGCCACAGUGUGGCAGCCCAAAUGGGUUUACCUCUGCGCUGCCAGUUGCUUUUCUUCCAUUGCUGUAGCCACCCCCACAAGGCAUUUGCCACCAUCCAUGAGUCAGUAUAGAGAUAAAGUAUUGGCCGCUUCUCUCGUUCAGCAAUGUCCAAAGCCAGCAGGAUGGCUUUCACUUCUGCAAAUUGACUAGAUUCACCUUGUCCUUCAGUGGCUUCUGUAACUUGUCGUGUGGGACUCCACACAGCAGCUUUCCACCUUCGAUGUUUUCCUACAAGACGACAGGAUCCAUCUGUGAACAGUGCAUACUGCUUAUCAGUCUAUUAUACUCUUAUCAGAGUAUUAUACGGUGGUGCUUCUUCAGCACGUGUUACCUCCUCCUCAUCUGGAGACAUCCCAAAGUCUUUACUUUCUGGCCAGUCUGUAAUCACUUCUAAAAUCCCUGGGUGACUGGGAUUUCCAAUUCGAGCUCGUUGCGUGAUCAAUGCAAUCCAUUUACUCCACGUAACUUCGGUUGCAUGAUAUGGAGAGGGAACCGUCCCUUUGAACAUGCAGCUCAGCACCGGCAGUCGAGGUGCCAGGAGGAGCUGUGCUUCAGUACCGAUCAGUUCUGAAGCAGCUCGAACUCCUUCCUAUGCUGCUAGUAUCUCUUUUUCAGUUGGAGUAUAGUUGGCCUCAGAUCCUUUGUAUCCUCGACUCCAAAAACCUAAGGGUCGACCUCGGGUUUCUGCUGGUGCUUUCUGCCAGAGGCUCCAGGUAAGUCCAUUAUCUCCGGCUGCGGUGUAGAGCACAUUUUUAACAUCUAGUCCAGUCCGAACUGGUCCAAGGGCCACCACAUGAGUUAUCUCACGCUUAAUUUGCUCAAAGGCUUGUCGUUGUUCAGGGCCCCACUCAAACUGGUUCUUUUUACGAGUCACUAGAUAGAGAGGGCUCACAAUCUGGCUGUAGUCAGGAAUAUGCAUUCUCCAAAAACCUACAACGCCCAAGAAAGUCUGUGUCUCCUUUUUAUUAGUAGGUGGAGACAUUGCUGCGGUUUUGUUGAUCACAUCCAUUGGGAUCUGACGACGGCCGUCUUGCCAUUUUAUUCCUAAAACUGGAUCUCUCGUGCAGGUCCCUUGACCUUGCUUCAUUUUAUGGCAAAACCAGCAUCCAAAAGAAUCUGAAUUAUUCUCUCAUCUUUCUCGGAGACUUCUUUCGCUGUGUCACCCCAUACGAUGAUGUCAUCAAUAUAUUGCAAGUGUUCUGGAGCUUUACCUUGCUCCAGCGUGGUCUGGAUCAGCCCAUCGCAGAUGGUAGGACUGCGUUUCCACCCCUGGGGCAAGCGAUUCCACGUGUACUGGAUGACCCCCAGGUGAAAGCGAACUGCGGCCUGCACUCUGCUGCUACAGGAACAGAGAAAAAUGCAUUAGCAAUGCACUGCGAGAUGUCCAUCCAUGCUUAUCAAUAAGCAUUCCAUUGCUAGUUUUACCAAAACAUGUGUCUGGUUCUCCAGGAAAAUGCAGUUAAUAUGAAGCUUUAGCUGACAGGCAAAAUCACUAAAAGAGAAACUGGUUUUUAACAAAACCAGGACAGAAGGGCUUCGGCCUUUCAUCGCAGGCUUAAGUGGGCUUGAGCAUGUAGUUUUGCCUUUUCUACCUCCUGUUGCGUGAUCGGUACCCGUGUGCAAGCUUCCACCAUCUCUGCUAGAGAUGCAGUUUUUCCCAAAGCGGCUCAUAUCUGUUGGCAUUGGGUGUUUGCGUUCAUUGGGUGUUUGCGUCGACACAUAUUUGCAAACCCGUCUAACCCAGUCUCCAGCCCUUUUCCAUGCCACGAUCUCAAAUAUUCAUCUGCUCCUGUUACGGACCACAUCCCACCUUCAACACAUUGUCUAGCCCAUUUUUGUAUUCGCUCCCUUUUAAUACGGAGCUCCUCAGGAGUGAGGUCUAAUUCCACCCCCUCCCUUUCCUGUUUUCCCCGUUUUUCACAUCCCCUGCCAGUUGCCUCCAGCCCGUCCUUCAUCGCAUCUGACGCCUUUUGAUAUGCUCUUAACCACGAAGUUUUACUGUUACCGCCAACUAGUCGCCUCACGGCGUCUAGAACUUCUUGCAUCUGGCUCUCCUGCCGUCUCAGUAAGUCCUUCGGGCUCUGCACGUGGCUCUCCUGUCGCGGUUGAGACGGACAAGCGACAUGGACCAAGUUCUUUCAAGAUGAAAGUACUGGAUGCUAUUGAUUGCUAUAAGUGCAUUUUUAUACAAUUCUACCAGUUCAUGUGUCUUUUCACUAUUGGUUACAAGUUACAGCACUAACAUCUCACUGGUUAAUUUUGCUAUCAUCCAUGUUAUUCUUCUAUCCCCUUCUCUCUCACGGGUACAUCUCUCCUUUCUCACGGGUACAACUCCAUAUCUCCGGAUACUCCUUUACUCCCAUCCUUCUCAAGGGUAAAUCUUAAUAUCUUCAAGGCUGAUCUCUACUCCCAUAUUUUCUGACAAGGAUUCCACAGACCCGCUGUAGUUUCCCACACUCUCCUCCUGGAAGCCAGGGCGAUUCUGCGGUGCUGCGUUCUCGUGCUCCACCGGGUCCUCCGGCAACGGCACUUCAGCUGGAUUAACCUGUCCGGGCUCGUUGAACCUUGCUGGUUGCUGCCGAUGCUCGUCGGAGGCAGGCGAUGGCUCAAAGGGCGCAGAGGGUAUAAUUUGCUCUCCGCCCCAGAAAUCCAAAUCUGACACGGGACAUACCAGCGGUAUCGAUUGUUCAGAGUCCUCGGAGGGGGGGCAGCUCGCGGCGGGCGGCUCCGGGGGGACGGCACACAGCUCCGGCUCCGCUGAGACCUCCUGCAUCAGCCGCCUGACCUCCCGCCACGGCCCGGCGAGGUCGCAAGCCUCGCGGCUGCCCCUUGUGACCGCGUCCCACAGUUCGGUCCCUGUGUCCUCCCGUGUACCGGGAGAAAAAAAUCCGUCCGUCGAAGGGGACACACGCCUUCCGCUGGGCGAAUCGCAGCAGGCGCUUUAACGCGUCUGUUUCAAAAUACCUUCCUGUUCGUGCAUUCAGCUGCAGAACACUUUGCAUUAUGAUUUUUUCUUCCGCGGAUGCCGUGUUUCCCACGCCACCUGCUUCUCCGCAGGCCUGCUUUCCGCUAUUCUUCAAGCGCAGGGCUAACUUCGCCCUCCAGGUGCCUUUCCUGGCGUCUUCACGUCCCAACGAUCUUGCUUCGAUACGAAGUAUCACGUUGGGGUCACCAAAAUGUUGCUUUUUCCAUGCGAGACACGGAACCUGACACAGCAAUGUGAUGUUCACAGGGUUCGCUUUAUUGCCGGAGCGGGCUGGCUUUAUAGCAAAGCUGCCCUGUCCACGUGCCUUACAACAACGCUCCUUUAGUUUCUUCUGUCUCUGGCUUCACCUCUCAGCCAGGCUGGCGACGGCCCCAUUCCCCCGGGGCGGGGGGGCUCUGCCACUACAGAAAAGCAAAGAUUGGUAAGAAGAAAUAAGGCAAAAAGACAAGGGAUUACAAUUACCCACAGUAGGGAAAAACCUGUUUAUAGAUCUUAUGGAAAAUAGCCCAGGAAUUAAAUGUCACCUCAUGCUGGAUAUGUGGGGGGUCUCAAAUGACUGAUACAUUGGACGAACCUCUUGUAAGCUAGUGUCGCGGGUAAAUUCAUCAAAUACCUCUAUUGCUCCCACUUGGUACCCAGGCCCACCUAAUGGAUAUUGGUCUCGAAAUGGUAGCCUGGUGGAAGAAAACAGGGUUCGUGAUAGCAUGUGCAUUUCUGGGUUUACUGUUUGUGCCAUGUAUGAUCCUGUGCUUUAUUCGGUUAAUACAUCCAGUAGUCCAAGGCAUGCAAAUCUCAGGCAUGCCCUAUAGAUCCUAAAAAGGCAACUUAGCAAGAUUUGUCAGGAAGCAAAAAUUCAAUGGGCUCAGGCCUUGCCAGUAGUGGUGUUGUGUAUUAGAAUUAAACCUAGGAGCGGAAUGUCAGUAAGUCCAUACGAAAUUCUGUAUGGCAAGCCAUAUGAAGCACCGGAUCCAGAUCCAAGUGUACAUGUAAAAGGUAACCAGGACUUCUACAAUUAUGUGUUGCCUCUCGGCAGGACACUGAAUCAACUCAGAUCUGCACCAGUGUGGAAUCGCCCACUAGCACUUGAGAAUCCGGUACAUGAUACAGAGCAUGGAGACACGGUGCAUAUAAGAACUUGGAAUAAAGAAACUUUAAAAGAACGUUGGGACGGACCCUAUCAAGUACUCUUAACCACAUUAACCGCAAUUAAGGUUGCUGGAAUAGACUCCUGGAUACACUACACCAUUCAACACAAGAACCGAGAGGUUUUUGACACCUGCUUUCUUGUCGGUGUCCUACUGAGCACUAGCACAAAGCCAAGAGUGUUGCUCAGCAGCACCAACCACGUCUGCCAGGAAUUAGUCUUCAACAUGAACCAGGGGCAGCAGAAGGCAAUCACCAGCACCACAGACAGCAAAGGAGAAGUCUGCAAGAUCCCGUAAGGCUGGAACAGACUGUUGGCAUCUGCUCUCCACGGCAAAACCGGAGGAGAGCGUAGAGGGAAAAGAAAUGAAAGUCAUUGACCGUGAAAAAUGCGUGGCGAAACACAGGAGGUUCUGACACAAAAAGACCCUCCCGGGAGCAAGCCAUGACUUCUGGAUCCAGCAUCUCUGGCCCGGGAUGAAGGCUUGCCCAUUGCCGUGCGGCCACUUGGGGUGCAAAACUGGGGUUUGAGGGGGGCUGUUGCCCCCCAGUGUCUUGCUCUGCCUGGAGAUGUCUCUGCAGAGGUCCCUGGACAGGACGCCUCUUCCUCAGUCAGCGCUGGCAAAAGCCAUCUGGGGACACGCUCCGUCCUCUGGAACUCUUGCUUGUGUGACUCGCAGCUCACGUGUGACAGCGCUGCUCCAAACUUGGCCAUCUCCAAGGACCGGCUUUCUUUGGGAUGUGGGGUUCACUCUCAGAGGAAUCAUGGCAGCCCUGCUUUCUGUGUUGGGGUCUCCCUUUCAGCUAUGGAGCAGCUUCAGUUCCCAGUGCAAAAGGAUCUUGCAAUGGCUGUGCAGAUAGCAGCACCGUUUCUGAAGCAUCAGAGGAGAUGUCAGAGCCAUCAGGCUGAGGGACGGCAAUGCCAGCAAAAGAUGGCCCGUGUUUCAAAAGGGAGGCAGCCGUGCCAGCUGGAGAACCUCUCUCACAGCUCCAUCCCCAGCAAAGAGCUGUCUCUAGAGCAGUUCGUGCUGCUUACAGGCAAGAUCAGCCUUUGCAUUUGAACCACCUUCUUGCAGAGGUGACAGGAAACAUCCUCUGGUUUAUGUCGUUCUAGCUGCAAAGGCCAGGACAGUGUUCAUGAGGGAGCAAGCGAUGAGCACAUUUCCUGGUCAGCAGCCGCUGGCUCGUGCCAACGGUCAAGAGAGGCAGAAGAAAUCCCUUCAGAACAGCUCCCUCUCAAAAGACAUCCUUCUGCUUGAUGAACCGCAGGGAAAGGCAUCCUAAACCAGGCACUUUGACCUUGUUUUCAGCCCAGGUUCCCAGUGCUGGUGCACUCCUGAGCCAGUCGCUGCACAUCUGCCACCAAGGGGAAUCGCCUCCGAGGCCAACUGUGCCGUGGGGAAAGGAAAGGGUGAAACGUCGGGAGAGUUUGAUUUAGUGCACAACACGGAUAAAGCCAUUCUCUCUGCCAUUAAAACUGAGGGUAUUUAAUUCAGUGAAAGGAGAUUUCAUUCCCCAUGACGUGUGCGAUUGUCUUUUGAAUCUGGGCACGGGCUGCAGUGACCUGCCACAACAUUUGAGGUGUCACCAGCUGCAUUGUGGGUGGUAAAGUGGGAAAGGCAGGAGGGAGCCUCAGCAUCUCCCAUCCCGUGGGUGACUUCAUCACAAAGGACCAGGGCGGCGCCCGCUGGCUCCUGGGGCGGCUGUUGCCGGGCAACAGAGACACUAUAUUGUCCCCUGUCACCUGUGCCCCUCGCCCAUUUGGUCACUGGCCGUGGUGGGAUCACUUGCCGUGGUGGGAUCACUGUGGUGGUGGACUCAUUUUGGCAGUUGGAUCGCUUUUGGUGUUGGGAUCGCUCUUGGUGGUUGCAUCACUUUUGGUGGUGGGAUCGCUACUGGUGGUUGAACCACUUGUGGUGGUUGAACCGCUUUUGGUGGUUGAACCACUUCUGGUGGUGGGAUCGCUAUUGGUGGUUGAACCACUUCUAGUGGUUGAACCCCUUUUGGUGGUUGAACCAGUUCUGGUGGUUGAACCGCUUUUGGUGGUUCGAUCACUUUCGGCACUUGGAUCUGUUUGUUGACUGGAUCACUUUCAUCACUCGGAUUGCUUUUGGAGGACCUGGGCUUUCUGGGCCCUGCUGGUGGCUGAAGCGAUGGCUGCCAAAGAUGAAGAGGACCUGCCAGCCUAUUUCCUCAAGCAGUACAGGCAGAACCUCCUGCCCUUGCUCAGGAAACACAGGCUGACAGAGGAGGGCUCCCUGUCUCCAUUUGUUCGCCUCCAGGAGAAGAGGAAAGAAGCCAAGCAGGUGCAAAAGGCUCUGGAGGAGAAGCGAGAGGCCUUCAAGGAGACGAUGGCCGACAUAGCCCGCCGGUGGAGGGAACUCCAUGCCAAGGAGGACCAGCUGAAAACCUACAUGGAGAAAUCUAUGAGGAGGUUAAAGGAAGAUGAUAAGCUGCGAGUCCAAGCUCUGAAGAAAGCCAUGAGAGAAAGAGAGCAGAAAACACAAAAGGAGAUGGAGCUUGUGAGGGCUAAGAAGAAACUCGAAGCCCUGAAAAAGGAACACCAGAAGCUGAGCAAGGAAGUGCAGAAGUACUCCAUCUUCAAAGAAUACCUGGAGGACGUGGUGAAGAUCUCACCACAGUUUGAGGACAUCCAGGACGUCAUUUCCCGCUACAAGCUGCUGGUGAGGACGCGCAAGGACCUGCAGCAGUCACAAGAGAAGGACAAGGAAAUGCUUAAGCAAACCAAGGUGCUCCUGGACCGGUACGAGGCAGAGAAAGAAGCUGAGACCCUGCAGUACCAAAAUGAGCUGGAGCAGCUCCAACAACAUUUUGCGCAGGCUCAAAGUGAUGUCCGCUCCUGGACUGCUCGCUGGGCCGACAUCCAGAACAGGAAUGUCAAGAAUGGCCUCAUGCUGACGACUAUGAAGAUGGCCAUCCACAACCUCUUCCAGUGCGUGAACACGCAGCUGAAAGCAAAAGUGCAUGUGCCGAAGGAUGACAGCCUCAGACAGCUGGACAUGAUUCAGCAGUCUAUCCUAGACCUCAAUGACAUCGUUACGGAGGGGAAACGAAGGACAUGGAGAGCCACCGGCGAGCAGCUAAGCACGAGCAUUAAGGGCAAGAGGAGGACAGAGAGCCCUAGGGAUGUUGUGUUACGUCCGUGAAGGUUCCAAACCUUCCUAGCUCUUUUGUCCUGCCCAGUUGCUGAGUCCCUUUCAUACUAUUAAAAUAACCAAAGAUUUUGAA